CGCGACCCGGAGGCGGAACCGCCCGGCCGACCCGCGGGCUCUGCAGGCCCCGAACGCCCCGCGCGCCCCCAAACACCCUCCGUGACCCCGCGAGCCCCCAAACACCCUCCGUGACCCCGCGCGCCCCGCGACCCCAGACACCCUCCGCGCCCCGCGCCAUGCGCCCCCCGCGGCCCUACGCCGCGCUGCUCCCGCUCCUGGCCGCGCUCCUGGCCGCGCCCCCGGUGGCCCUGGCCGAGGCCCCUUACCUGGUGCGCGUGGACGCGGCCCGCGCGCUGCGGCCCCUGCGGGCCUUCUGGAGGAGCACGGGCUUCUGCCCCCCACUGCCGCACAGCCAGGCUGACCAGUACGACCUCAGCUGGGACCAGCAGCUCAACCUCGCCUAUGUGGGCGCCGUGCCUCACGGUGGGAUUGAACAGGUCCGGACCCACUGGCUGCUGGACCUCGUCACAGCCAGGAAGUCGGCUGGGCAGGGUCUGACCUACAACUUCACCCACCUGGACGGGUACCUGGACCUUCUCGGGGAGAACCAGCUCCUUCCGGGAUUUGAGCUGAUGGGCAGCCCCUCAGGACACUUCACGGACUUUGAGGACAAGCAGCAGCCCCCAGCCGUGGGCACCCGGCCCGCUCUAAGGGGUGGAGCCCACCAGCAACCGCGGAGACGCUCCGCAGGUAGGUACGGACUCGCGCACGUUUCCAAGUGGAACUUCGAGACGUGGAACGAGCCGGACCACCACGACUUUGACAACGUCUCCAUGACCACACAAGGUUUCCUCAACUACUACGACGCGUGCUCCGAGGGUCUGCGCGCUGCCAGCCCCCGCCUGCGGCUGGGAGGCCCUGGGGACUCCUUCCACGCCCCUCCGCGAUCUCCGCUGUGUUGGAGCCUCCUGAGCCACUGUCACAACGGCACCAACUUCUUCACGGGGGAGGUGGGCGUGCGGCUGGACUACAUCUCCCUGCACAAGAAGGGUGCGGGCAGCUCCAUCUCCAUCCUGGAGCAGGAGAAGGUGGCCGUGGCGCAGAUACAGCAGCUCUUCCCCACGUUCGCGGACAGCCCCGUUUACAACGACGAGGCAGACCCGCUGGUGGGCUGGUCCCUGCCGCGGCGGUGGAGGGCCGACGUGACCUACGCGGCCAUGGUCGUGAAGGUCAUCGCGCAGCACCAGAACCUGCUGGUCGCCGGCAGCGGCCCCCACGUCCGCUUCGCGCUCCUGAGCAACGACAACGCCUUCCUGAGCUACCACCCACACCCGUUCUCGCAGCGCACGCUCACCGCGCGCUUCCAGGUCAACAACACCCGCCCGCGCCACGUGCAGCUGCUGCGCAAGCCGGUGCUCACGGCCAUGGGGCUGCUGGCCCUGCUCGAUGAGGAACAACUUUGGGCCGAGGUGUCGCGGGCCGGGACGGUGCUGGACAGCAACCACACGGUGGGCGUCCUGGCCAGCGCCCACCACCCCGAGGGCCCCGCUGAUGCCUGGCGCGCCACGGUGCUGCUCUACGCAAGCGACGACACCCGCGCGCAUGCCAACCGCAGCCUCGCCGUGACACUGCAACUGCACAGGGUGCCCCCCGGCCCAGGGCUCAUCUAUGUCACGCGCUACCUGGACAACCGGCUCUGCAGCCCACACAGCGAGUGGCAGCGCUUGGGCCGGCCUGUCUUCCCCUCGGCCGAGCAGUUCCGGCGCAUGCGCGCGGCAGAGGACCCGGUGGCCACGGCGCCAUGCCCCUUCCCUGCCGGUGGCCGCCUGACGCUGAACCCGGAGCUCGCGUUGCCCUCGCUUCUGCUGGUGCACGUGUGCGCACGACCCGAGAAGCCACCCGGCCAGGUCACCCGGCUCCGUACUCUGCCCCUGACCCGAGGGCAGCUGGUCCUGGUCUGGUCUGAUGAGCGCGUGGGCUCCAAGUGCCUGUGGACAUAUGAGAUCCAGUUCUCCCAGGAUGGUAAGGUGUACGCCCCAGUCAGCAGGAGGCCAUCGACCUUCAACCUCUUUGUGUUCAGCCCAGAAACAGCUGUUGUCUCUGGCUCCUACCGGGUUCGAGCGCUGGACUACUGGGCCCGGCCAGGCCCCUUCUCAGACCCCACGCCAUACCAGGAGGUGCCCACCCCGAGGGCCACCGGCACCCAGUGACCCCUGAACCUGUGCUGACUGAUGCCCUUGAGCAGCCAGGAGCCAGGAUGGGCUGGACUUGCACAGGCUGAUCAGGCCGUGGGCUCUAUGUGUUCCUGUCCCACUCCCCACGCACCCGUUAAAGUGUCUUUCCACACA